UUUGUUUUAUUUAAACAACGUUUCCUGGUUACACAAACUGUAAAUUGUCUUCGUCAAGAUGAAUUAAUCAAGUAGACGUACUUAAUUUGUGACGGCGAACAGCAGAUUGAUAAAAUUGUUUAAUUGCAAAUAAAUCACUUUUCGACUAUGACAUGUGUGUUAGAAUAAUAUAUAUUCAUAGAUAAAAAGUCGAAUAACGUCGCGAUUUCAAACAUUAAACUUUUAUUCUACGAAAGAUGACGAAAAGAAGUGAAUUCAUUUUUUUGGCGAGCAUUGCUUUGAUACACUCAGUUUGCAGUCAUAAGCCUUUUCUGGAGUAUUUGCGAUCCCAAGCAAAUAGCUUGGAAAAAGGACUAGAUUCGAUCAUCAGAAGUGGUGGAUAUAUAAGUCAUAAUGGGGGCAUUGCAUUCUCAGCCCGACAGUCUUCAGCCAGAACGUACAAACAACACGAGACGUGGAUCUUUGACACAGUUCUUGUAAAUGACGGUAACGCCUACAAUAAGGCUACGGGAACCUUUACAGCUCCUGUUGGCGGAACAUAUGGCUUUACUUGGGCUACACUGACGAAUCCGUCAAAAGCGGCUCAUCCUUACUUAAGGGUGAACGGUCAUUACAAAGGAUAUACAGCUUUCAACAAUCGUCAUACUUCACAAAAGGUUUGGAGCAGUGGCUCGAACACCAUUCUUGUUCAUCUGAAAAAAGGUGACACGGUCAACAUUGCAUCAGGAUAUCUAGCAGCCUAUGCAAGAGAAAUUUUUUCCUCGUUCUCUGGUUGGAAAAUUUACUAACUGUUGAAUUGCUUUUCAAACAUGUUGAAAUAAAGACUUUUAUGUACGCGUUUGUUUACUGAAUACUUCACAA